GUGAGCAAGUGAAUGAAAAUGGAAGCAAUAUCGGAAGCUCUACAACCGUACAAGGAACAAGUCGGAAUGGCGGCCGGCAUCCUAACGGUGGGACAGAUGUUUAGCGGUUGCUUCGUGUGCAACGACAUCCGGAAGAAAGGCACGACCGACGGUUUCUCGGCAAUGCCAUUCGUCGGUGGCUGUGGACUUACCGUUCUUUUCCUGCAACACGGGAUGCUGAUGAACGAUUCCGCAAUGACCAAUGCUAAUUUGGUCGGUCUCACGAUCAGCUUGGCCUAUGCUUUAUUCUUCCUGCUCUAUACGCCACCAACUGAACGCUCAAGCUUCUGGCGCCAGGUCGCUGGAACGGCACUGUUUACGAUCAGUUUGCUCGGAUACGUUAAGAUAGAGAAUCCGGCAGUGGUAGAGGAUCGCUUCGGUAUGAUCAUCACUGUACUGAUGCUUUGCCUUAUUGGACAACCCUUGCUUGGUUUACCCGAAAUCAUUAGAAAGAAAAGUACCGAAGGUCUACCGUUUGCCAUGAUCUUGUCUGGUACGAUCGUUGGGUGUAGCUGGCUGCUGUACGGCGUGAUCUUAAACAACAUUUUUGUAGUGCUGCAAAAUUUAGCUGCGGUUACACUCAGCGGCAUUCAACUGGCACUGUUUGCAAUUUAUCCUUCAAAGGCGACUCCACCCAGCAAAAAACGGGAAUGAAGAAAGGAUUCUU